AACCCUAAAUUGAAAGGCAAAGCCAAAAUCCUAACAUGAGAGAGUCUGAUGAUCAAGUUAGCUCCGCCCCGAUAAGCCCAAGACCACCGUCGGCCGGCCACUGGCCACCACGAGUAAUAUCAGCUCCGCCUUCUCAACUCCAAUCACCAUCCUUAUCUCGAUCACCACUAAGUCAAACACCACAUUCCACCACCAAAACUAAAACCGGCCACAAGACAACUUUAUCACACACUCUGUCGGUGAUCUCUGCUCCUGUCUCGCAGUAUAACUCACCAUCGAUGUCACGAUCACCAUUUCUUGGGACACCAGACCGCCCUAUGACAGUGCCGGCUAGUGGAGCCAGAACACCCCUUGGUUUUAUUAGGUCUAGGAACUUGACACCAAAAUUCUUGACACCUUUGGCUAGCCCUCUUAGAAAGGUCCUACACCUCACCAAGCUAGACCCGCAUGAUGCUUGGUUGCCCAUCACUGAAUCAAGAAAUGGAAAUGCUUUCUAUGCAGCUUUUCACACACUUUGUUCUGGAAUUGGGAUUCAAGCACUUAUUCUCCCUGUCGCCUUCACUUUUCUUGGCUGGGUAUGGGGUAUCAUAUCGUUGAUUUUAGUAUUUAUAUGGCAACUCUACACUUUGUACUUGCUAGUAAAUCUCCAUGAAUCAGUUGAAACUGGGAUACGACACAGCAGAUACAUGCAAUUAGCAAAUGCAGCCUUUGGUGAAAGGUUAGGGAACAGCCUCGCCAAAUUUCCAAUAGUGUAUCUGUCAGGGGGUACUUGCGUGGCUCUGAUCAUCAUUGGUGGAUCAACUGCGAAAAUCUUCUUCGACAUCGUUUGUGAUGAUUCCUCUUGCAAAGCUGGAAGAUUGACUCCAACAGAGUGGUACUUGGUGUUCACAUGCGGAGCAGUUCUCCUUUCUCAGUUGCCCAACAUGAACUCAAUAGCUGGGAUCUCAUUGGUUGGUGCAAUUACAGCUAUUGGGUAUUGUACAACAAUAUGGGUCGUAUCAGUGGUCGAAGGUAGACCACCGAAUGUAUCCUAUGGUUUGGUAAAGGCACGAUCAGAUGUUGCUAGGGUUUUCAACAUUCUCAAUGCCCUUGGUAUCAUUGCUUUCACAUUUAGAGGCCACAAUCUUAUACUUGAGAUACAGGCUACCAUGCCCUCAAGUGAGAAGCAUCCAUCUAGAAUUCCUAUGUGGAGGGGUGUCAAAGCUUCAUAUGCUCUUAUAGCUAUAUGCGUAUUCCCCCUUGCAAUUGGUGGUUAUUGGGCUUAUGGUCGGGAAAUUCCUGCAUCUGGGAUGUUGAAUGCAUUGCUCAUGUUCCAUGGUAAAGAUCUAGCCAGGUCAGUUCAAGGGUUAGCAAGCUUACUCGUAAUCAUCAACAGUUUAACUUCUUUCCAAAUAUAUGCAAUGCCAACGUUCGAUGAGAUGGAGUCUAAUUACGUUAUAAGGUUCAAGAAACCAUGUCCAUGGUGGCUCAGGGUGGUCAUGCGGUCCUUCUUCGGGUUUGGAAGUUUCUUAUUUGCAGUUGCAUUUCCUUUCUUGGGAAGUGUGGCCGGUUUAGUGGGAGGAAUUGCUUUACCCGUGACAUUGGCAUAUCCGUGUUUCAUGUGGCUAAAGAUCAAGAAACCACAAGUUUAUAGUCCCAAAUGGUGGUUAAAUUGGGGACUAGGUGUUUUCGGCAUGGUGUUAAGUGUUGUUGUGAUUGUUGGAGGGUUUUAUACGAUUAUUGACACCGGUAUUCAAGUAAAGUUCUUUAAACCACAAUAA